UUUUUCUUUGGUUGGUUUGAUUUGGAGCUUAGAAUCUUUAAUUUAAUCACCGAUUAUUGAGUUGGACCUCCAAAUUCACACCACAGAAACAAAGUACUAGGACCCUUCUCCUCUUUUAUUAGUAGGCCACUGAAUUCAUUUGAGAACUAGCUCUUUUCUCUUUUUCCCCCACUCCCCCUCUUUCUCUUGGAAGACAUUGGCAUCAUCUUUUGACUUGAAAUCUCAUUUUUCAAACUUCAUAAACUACUGCAUCUGAAUUCCUGAAUUCUAGUUGUAUUUUUGUUGUCAAAGAUCCAGAUUUCAUUGAAAGUGUGUCAAACUGUCAAUUUCUAUGCUUCAUUGUCUUUCUUUUCACAUGUUUGAAGAUGAUUCUUUACAGAUCUCAUAGCUGAAAUCCCAGCUUAGGUUCUUGUUUUUCUUCCACAAUUUUGAUCAGGGUAUUGAUCUUUCUUUGUUCUUGCUCUGGAGUUUGGAUUCAGAAUGGCUUCUAAUUCAGUUGUAGUCACAAUUGAGAAGCCUAAUGAUUUCUCUUUAGUAGAGAUGAAUGGCACUGAUGCAUCAUUGCUGCCUGAUAAACAAAAGGCAGUCAGUCGCAAGCAAUUCACAUGGUUUCUUCUCCUCAAAGCUCACAGGGUUUUCACCUGUGUUUCUUGGCUGGCAAUGGCUUCUAAGGGCAUGCUUGCUUCAGUCAAGAAACGCAUUGUGGUAUCUGAUAUCAGUGAAGAAGAUAAGAGAAGCAGAAGGUUAUACAGAUUCAUCAAAGCUUUUCUUGCUAUCGCCAUAAUAGCUCUGGUUAUAGAAAUCAUUGCCCAUUUCAAGAAAUGGAAUUUGAUGCUGAUACAGCCUUGGGAGGUUCAGGGUCUUUUGCAGUGGUCAUAUAUGGCUUGGCUGUCUUUCAGAAUUGAAUAUAUUGCUCCUCUGGUGAUAAGUCUGUCAAAUUUCUGCAUUGUACUGUUCCUGAUUCAGUCUCUGGAUCGGUUAGUUCUUUGUCUUGGAUGUUUCUGGAUUAAGUACAAGAAGUUGAAGCCCCAGAUAGAUGGAGAGGUUUAUGACAUUGAAGACAGUUCAAGUUUCCCCAAGGUCCUUGUUCAGAUUCCUAUGUGCAAUGAGAGAGAGGUGUAUGCACAAUCAAUUGCCGCAGCCUGUCAAAUUGAUUGGCCAAAAGACCGGAUUCUAAUUCAAGUUCUAGAUGAUUCAGAUGAUGGAAACUUGCAGCUUCUGAUUAAAGAAGAAGUUUCCUCAUGGCAAGAGAAAGGAGUAAACAUAAUCUACAGGCAUCGAUUAAUCAGAACUGGAUACAAAGCUGGGAACCUUAAAUCUGCCAUGGCCUGUGACUAUGUCAAGGACUAUGAGUUUGUUGCUAUACUUGAUGCAGACUUCCAGCCUAACCCUGAUUUCCUCAAGCUAACCGUUCCUCACUUCAAGGGAAAUCCUGAGCUUGGCCUUGUUCAGGCUCGUUGGUCAUUCGUAAACAAGGAUGAGAAUCUGCUUACAAGGCUCCAGAACGUCAACCUGUGCUUCCAUUUUGAGGUGGAGCAGCAAGUGAAUGGUGUUUUCCUCAAUUUCUUCGGAUUCAAUGGGACUGCAGGAGUGUGGAGAAUAAAGGCUUUAGAGGAAUCUGGAGGGUGGCUUGAAAGAACAACAGUUGAGGAUAUGGACAUUGCAGUUCGAGCACACUUAAAUGGAUGGAAAUUCAUCUUCCUCAAUGAUGUCAAAGUGCUCUGUGAGUUACCAGAAUGUUAUGAAGCUUACAAGAAACAACAGCACCGCUGGCAUUCUGGUCCAAUGCAGCUAUUCCGUUUAUGUCUCCCGGCCAUCAUAACUUCCAAGAUAUCCAUGUGGAAGAAGGCCAAUUUGAUAUUCCUUUUCUUUCUUUUGAGGAAACUCAUACUUCCAUUCUACUCCUUCACAUUAUUCUGUAUCAUACUUCCAUUGACCAUGUUUAUACCAGAGGCUGAAUUACCAAUCUGGUCAAUCUGUUAUAUCCCCAUUUUCAUGUCUUUCUUGAACAUCCUCCCUGCCCCCAAAUCCUUCCCUUUCCUUGUUCCAUACCUUCUCUUCGAGAACACAAUGUCAGUCACCAAAUUCAAUGCUAUGAUAUCAGGACUAUUUCAGCUUGGAAGUGCUUAUGAAUGGGUGGUAACCAAAAAGACAGGUAGAUCCUCAGAAUCUGAUUUGUUAGCCUUAGCCGAGAGGGAAUCAAAGCCCCCAGGUGAGGAGAAGAUCCUCAGGAGACACUCUGAGUCUGGCCUGGAAUUGUUGAACAAGCUCAAGCAACAAGAACUCCCUCCUACAAAGAAGAAGAACAAGCUGUACAGAAAGGAGCUUGCACUUGCUUUUCUUCUCCUCACUGCUUCUGCUAGAAGUCUGCUAUCCGCACAUGGUGUUCAUUUCUACUUCUUGCUGUUCCAAGGGUUGUCUUUCUUGGUUGUUGGCUUGGACUUGAUUGGGGAGCAAGUCAGCUGAAAGAGAACAAGAUAGUUAUUUUAUUUAUUUUUUCAACUUUCAUCCCCCUUUUUGUGCUUAUACAGAGUUUGCAGUCUAUGUUAAACUCUUCUCCAGUUCCAUGGCUAUGAACCUGAAUUGGAACUGGAUACCAAGUUACCCAACACAGGUAGAAAACAGUGCUAUCUGAAUUAAUAGGUGAGAACACUAAUAAGAGUUUAUUUGUAUUUUUGGACAAUCAAAAUUAUAUACGUAAUCUGUGUAUGAAUGAAUAAUCAGUACCAAA